AUGGCCGUGGAAAAGUUAAUAAAAAUUGGAGAAGAAAGGCUUAAUGAAAAGGAUUAUCUAGGAAGCAUAAGUGCUUUUUCUUCUGCAUUGGAGGAAAAUCCAAAGGCAUUACAACCAUAUUUGAAAAGAGCCACUGCUUAUCAAAAUCUCAACAACUAUGAAAGUGCAAAGAGCGAUAUAUCUCAAGCCUUCACCAUUGCUCAUGAAAGAGGUAAAAGAUCGGAAAUAGGACUCUGUUAUUUUAAAUUGGGCUUAGUUUAUUAUGCUGAGAAGAAUUUGUCGUCAGCAAAGAUUAAUUUCGAGAAAGCUGUUGAAUUCAAUUGUCCAGAACCAACGGCUAAUUUUUGGAAUAGUAAGGUACAGUAUGAAUUCAUCAAGGCAGGAUCUCAAUUACCGCAAAGUUGUAAUGCUUCAUCUGCGGAAGCGCUUGCUAGUUCUGAAGAGCCGCCAUCAAGUAAUUUUGAUGUCAUUAAUCAACAAGAUCCAAUAAAACUUAAAGUUAGAGAUGACUGGUAUCAAACCAAUGACUCAAUCAUUAUUACGUUUUACGUCAAAAAUGUCGAAAAGGAAAAACUUCAAGUCGAAUUCAAUAAGCGAUCAGUAAAUGUUGCAUUUCCAAGUUCUCCAAAUGCAGAAUACAGUUAUAACUUGGACCCCUUAUUUGCUGAAAUAACCCCCGAAGAUUCAAAUUUCAAGGUCUAUGGAACUAAAAUAGAAAUAGUUUUAAAAAAGAAAGUUUCCAGUAAGUGGACAUCGUUAGAAUCUUCGGAAGUCAAAGAUCAUGAUUCUCUUGGGGUAAGGUCAUCCACCUUUUCGUACCCAUCUUCAUCUAAGAAGUCUAUUAAUUGGGCUAAAUUUAAAGUAGAUGAAGAUGAUGACAAAGAAUCAGCUAAAGAUUCGGAUUUUUUUGAAAAAUUGUAUAAGGAUGUCGAUGAUGAUACGAAAAGAGCAAUGAUGAAAUCAUAUGUUGAAUCUAAUGGCACUGUACUAACAACAAAUUGGGAUGAGGCGAAGCAGAAGAAAUUUGAAACUUCACCUCCGGAAGGAAUGACAGCAAAGAAAUGGAACUAA